AUGUUCAAAUAUUUAAUAUAUUUAUUAAUAAUAUGGAAUAUUUACACUGCCAUUUUAUGUACCAGAAAUAUAAAUAAACAUAAUGUGAAACAAGCAAAUAAUCAUAAAAACAUUUCAACAUUAUUAAAUAAUUUAUUACGUGGUUAUGAUAAUAGUGUUAGACCUGAUUUUGGAGGACCUCCAGCAAUUGUAGAAGUUGAUAUUAUGGUUAGAAGUAUGGGACCGAUAUCAGAAGUUGAUAUGACAUAUUCAAUGGAUUGUUAUUUUCGACAAUCAUGGGUUGAUCGACGAUUAGCAUUUCAAGGUAAUGGACAAAAUGAAACGUUGGCAUUGAGCAUAUCAAUGUUGAAACGUAUAUGGAAACCGGAUACAUAUUUUUAUAAUGGUAAACAAAGUUAUCUACAUACAAUUACAACACCUAAUAAAUUUGUACGAUUACAUCAGAAUGGACGAGUUUUAUAUUCAUCCAGGUUAACGAUUAAAGCUGGAUGUCCAAUGAAUUUAGAAGAUUUUCCAAUGGAUACUCAACGCUGUCCUUUAAAAUUUGGUUCAUUUGGAUACACCGUACAAGAUGUUAUUUACACGUGGAAUAAUGCACGACAAAUUGCAAUUGCAGAUGAUAUGAAAUUAUCACAAUUUGAUUUAAUUGCAACACCAGCUGCAAAUCAAACGGAUAUAAUAUUGGCCAGUAAUCCGAAACAAGGACGAAGUGCUGCUUCAAAAGCGACAUUUGUCAGUGAAUAUUCAAUGCUGUUGGUUAGUUUUCAUUUACAACGACAUAUGGGCAAUUUUUUAAUUCAAGUUUAUGGACCAUGUGUUUUAUUGGUUGUUUUAUCUUGGGUAUCGUUCUGGUUAAAUCGAGAAGCCACUGCCGAUAGAGUUUCAUUAGGAAUUACAACGGUUUUAACGAUGACAUUUUUGGGUCUUGAAGCACGUACUGAUUUACCAAAAGUCCCAUAUCCAACAGCAUUAGAUUUUUUUGUAUUUUUAUCAUUUGCAUUCAUUUUCGCUACAAUUAUUCAGUUUGCAAUCGUUCAUUAUUUUACAAAAUAUGGUUCCGGAGAAUGUUAUUUUAGUACUGACUUCAGUUCUGAAUCCAGUAGUGAUGAAGAAGAAUGGUCUCCAAUUUGUGAAAUUCAUAAAAAAACCGAUUCGAUGAAGAGUUCAAGAGUAAAUCGAAAGAAUAGUAAUGCAUCAAACAGUAAACGUAAUGGAAGUAAUAUGAAUCCACAUCAAAGUACAUCAUCCACAACAAAUGACCGUCUAAUAGAAGUCAUUCCAUUAUCAGCAUGUACAAUGCCAAUCACAAAAACACAUCAUCGACGUGGACAAUGGAAUACAUUCGAUUGUCUGUGUUGUGCAUCUCCUUCAAUAUCCAAAGCAUCAACACCUGCAGCUACAAAACCAGAAACACAAAACCCUUAUGCGCCGAGUACAGUCAGUUGCAUUGAAAACCAAAGGCAUCAUUCAUUAUCAUCAGGAUCACAUCAAUAUCGCCGUAAAAAGAAAAAACGUACACCACGAUUUAAUUCUGUAUCGAAAAUUGAUCGUAUCUCACGUAUCAUGUUUCCAUUAUUAUUUUUCACGAUUAAUGUUUUUUAUUGGUAUUCAUAUUUAUCACGAAGUGAACGAAUCCAUCAUUCGAAAAAGGGAAUAUAG